CGGGCCCGGCCCGGGCUGCCUCCCCGGGAGCCCCGCUCCCCGGAGGGCCCCGGCGCCGCGCGCCCCCGGGGAUGCGGCUGCGAGGCGGGCGGAGGGGCUGGGGCCGGCCUGGCACCGGGACCGAGGGAGCCCGGGGCGCGAGGGCCGGUCCCGCACCUGUGACCCAUCCCGGGCGACCAAGAGGUGCCAUAGACGUGCCGGGGCGGGGGGUGCAGCCGGGGCCGCGUAGACCGCUAGGAGCCGCGUAAACAGGAACCGGUCGUUCUAGCCCCCGCCGAGCGCGGGGAGGACGGUGCAUCUGGGCGACGGGGAUGUGGUCCAGUCUGAACGAGUGGCUGUGGCAGGACCGCUUCUGGCUGCCCCCCAACUACACGUGGGCUGACCUGGAGGACCGGGAUGGCCUGGUCUACGCCCACCCCCAGGACCUGCUGGCAGCCCUGCCCCUGGCGCUGGCCCUGGUCGCCCUGCGCUUCACCUUCGAGAGACUCGUCGGCCUGCCCCUGAGCCGGUGGCUGGGUGUGCAGAACCAGGCCAGGAGGCCGGUGGAGCCCAACGCCACACUGGAGAAGUACUUCCUCCUGGAAGGAUGGAAACCCGACAGGCCUCGGAUAGCUGUCCUGGCCACGCAGUGCGGCCUCACGCUGCGGCAGACCCAGCGCUGGUUCCGAAGACGCCGGAACCAGGACCGGCCUUGCCUGACCAAGAAGUUCUGUGAGGCCAGCUGGCGGUUUCUCUUCUAUCUGUGCUCCUUCAUCGGCGGCCUCUCUGUCCUCCACCACGAGUCAUGGCUGUGGAGGCCAGCAAUGUGCUGGGAAAACUACCCAAACCAGCCCCUGAAGCCGGCCCUGUACUGCUGGUACCUCCUGGAGCUGAGUUUCUACAUCUCGCUGCUGAUCACGCUGCCCUUCGACAUCCGGCGCAAGGAUUUCAAGGAGCAGGUGGCGCACCACCUCGUGACCAUCAUCCUCAUCACCUUCUCCUACAGCGCCAACCUGCUGCGCAUCGGCUCGCUGGUGCUGCUGCUGCACGACGCCGCGGACUACCUGCUGGAGGCCUGUAAGAUGUUCAACUACACGCACCGGCGGCGCGUGUGCAACACCCUCUUCCUGCUCUUCUCCGUGGUCUUCUUCUACACCCGCCUCGUGCUCUUCCCCACGCAAUGGAGAAGGACAUCCGCAGUGACGCGGAGGAGUCGGCCUCCAGCGAAGAGGAGGAGCACCCGCAGCUCAAGAAUGGAGCAGCUCAGGGUCCCCAGGCAGCCCCCACGGACGGCCCUCGGAGCCGGGCGGCCGGGCGGCUGGCCAAUGGGCACACGGUGGCCUCGUAGCUGGCCGAGGAUUGGCUGUGAGGGCCGCCCCAGUGCCUUGGAUUUGUGGGGCGCCUGGACUGGUGGCCUUUGGGCCAGCUCUGUGGAGACAGAGAGGGCCCCACCCAGGGCGGGAGGAGGGCUGAUGAUCUGUCUCCAGCCCCUUCCUUCUGCCUCCCCUCCCGCCUCCCCUCAGGCCACUAGACAGAGCUGGGGGCGGGCAGCAGCGGGGUGCUGCAGCCCGCCGGAGCCAUCCCCGGGCAGUAAGGGGGACAAUAAAACUUGAACAGAGCCAAA